AUGUGGCGGCAACUGACUCGCGCCGGUGCGCCGCUGCUGCGAGUGCCUUUGUCAGGUGUUGGGGCGGCCUCGCCCGCCUGUGCCGGCCUGAAGACGCUGCUCCCGGUGCCCACCUUUGAAGAUGUUUCCAUGCCAGAGAGGCCUAAGCUGAAGUUUGUUGAGAGGGUCCCACUGGUACCAAAAGUGAAGAGAGAACCUAAAAACCUGAGUGACAUCCGGGGACCUUCCACUGAAGCCACGGACUUCACAGAGGGCAGUUUUGGAAUCUUGGCACUGGGUGGUGGUUACCUUCGCUGGGGCCACUUUGAGAUGAUGCGCCUGACAAUCAACCGCUCCAUGGACCCCAAGAAUAUGUUUGCCAUAUGGCGAGUUCCAGCACCCUUCAAGCCCAUCACCCGCAAGGGUAUGGGGCAGCGCAUGGGGGGAGGCAAAGGUGCCAUCGACCACUACGUGACACCCAUAAAGGCCGGCCGCCUCAUAGUAGAGAUGGGUGGGCGUUGUGAAUUCAAAGAGGUACAAGGUUUCCUCAACCAGGUGGCCCACAAGUUGCCCUUCAAGGCAAAGGCUGUGAGCCGCCAGACCCUGGAGCAAAUGCAGAAAGAGCAAGAGGAACGAGAGCGUAACAACCAGAACCCCUGGACCUUUGAACGCAUAGCCACUGCCAACAUGCUUGGGAUACGGAAAGUUCUGAGCCCCUAUGACCUGACCCAGAAGGGUAAAUACUGGGGCAAGUUCUACAUGCCUGAGCGGGUGUAG